UCCGCUGUGCGUGCGAGGGACGUUGGGGGCGGCACCGCAAUAGUUGCCCCUGGUAACGGGGGAGGCAGGAGGAGGAGGAGGAGGAGGAGGAGGUGGGACUCGGCGGGAGGAUGGGCUUACUCUCAAUUUUGCGCAAAUUGAAAAGUGCACCAGACCAGGAGGUGAGGCUCCUUCUCCUGGGCUUGGAUAAUGCCGGUAAGACCACUCUUCUGAAGCAACUUGCAUCUGAAGACAUCAGCCACAUCACACCUACACAGGGUUUUAACAUCAAAAGUGUACAGUCACAAGGUUUUAAACUGAAUGUAUGGGACAUUGGUGGACAGAGGAAAAUCAGGCCAUACUGGAGGAAUUAUUUUGAAAACACUGAUAUUCUUAUAUAUGUAAUUGACAGUGCAGACAGAAAAAGAUUUGAAGAGACGGGUCAGGAACUAGCUGAAUUACUGGAGGAAGAAAAGCUAAGUUGUGUGCCGGUGCUCAUCUUUGCUAAUAAGCAGGAUUUGCUCACGGCAGCCCCUGCCUCUGAAAUUGCAGAAGGACUGAACCUGCACACCAUCCGCGACCGUGUCUGGCAGAUCCAGUCUUGCUCAGCUCUCACAGGAGAGGGCAUUCAGGACGGCAUGAACUGGGUCUGCAAAAAUGUCAUUGCAAAGAAGAAAUAAAAUCUAGACGAAUGGAGACGCAGGAGCUGCAGGAGCUGAAUUCUGUCCUGAAAAACACUAAUUUGCUGCUUUCUGACCAAAUGUUUUUCCAUCUGUGUACAGCUACAGCUGUUUGAAGAGAGGGAACAACACAGUUUAAAAAGAAUCCCCAUUCCAGCAGUAGAUUUAACUGAUCUCUGAGGUUCAGUAUCAUUUUUCAAAUAAAGGAAUUAUAUUAUUUCCUCUGCAUAA